GGGGCCGCGUCGCGGGUGUGGCCGCCGCCACUUGAAGGCUGGGCUCUGAACCUGGCCCUGAGCACGGCCACCCCCGCCGGCGCCGCCAUAGCUCCAGCGGCCGACCAGAUGAUUUUAGGAAGAAAACUGACUGGAAAAACAAUGAAGUUCCUUCUCUUCAUAUUAUUCGGUGUUGUUCACCUUUUACCCCUGGCCUCUGGGAAAGCUAUAUAUGGGAAUGGCCCCUCUCAGAGGACUUUACAAGAAGUCAAAGAAGAAAUAGCCCGCUAUGGAGAUGUUGCUAAAUCAAUCAUCAACCUUAGUGUUUAUGGUAAAGCCCAGAACAGAUCCUAUGAGCGACUGGCACUUCUGGUUGAUACUGUUGGGCCCAGACUAAGUGGCUCCAAGAACCUAGAAAAAGCCAUCGAGAUCAUGCAGCUAAACCUGAAGGGAGAUGGGCUGGAGAACGUCCACCUGGAGCCUGUCAAAAUACCCCACUGGGAGAGGGGAGAGGAGUCUGCUGUGAUGCUGGAGCCGAGGAUUCACAAGAUGGCUAUUUUGGGUCUUGGCAGCAGCAUUGGAACGCCCCCAGAAGGCAUUACUGCGGAAGUUCUGGUGGUGACCUCUUUCGAUGAACUGCAGAGAAGGGGGCCAGACGCAGAAGGGAAGAUCGUCGUUUACAAUCAACCUUAUACCAACUAUUCCGCAGCAGUGCAGUACCGCAUGGAGGGGGCGGUAGAAGCUGCCAAAGUGGGGGCUUUGGCAUCCCUCAUUCGAUCCGUGGCUUCCUUCUCCAUCUACAGUCCUCACACAGGUAUUCAGGAAUACCAGAAUGGUGUGCCAAAGAUCCCAACAGCUUGUAUUACGGUGGAGGACGCAGAGAUGAUGUCAAGAAUGGCUUCUCGCGGGAACAGAAUUGUCAUUCAGCUGAAGAUGGGGGCAAAGAGCUAUCCAGAUGCUGAUUCCUUCAACACGGUGGCGGAGAUCACUGGGAGCAAGUAUCCGGAGCAGGUUGUACUGGUCAGUGGACAUCUGGACAGCUGGGAUGUUGGGCAGGGUGCCAUGGAUGAUGGUGGUGGAGCCUUUAUAUCAUGGGAAGCCCUCUCGCUUAUUAAAGAUCUUGGGCUGCGUCCAAAGAGAACCCUGCGUUUGGUGCUCUGGACCGCGGAGGAGCAAGGUGGAAUCGGUUCCUCCCAGUAUUAUCAGCUGCACAAGGCAAAUAGUUCCAACUACAGCCUCGUGAUGGAGUCUGACCUGGGAACCUUCUUACCCUCUGGGCUGAAGUUCACUGGCUCUGACUCGGCCAGGAUCAUCAUGGAGGAGGUCAUGAGCCUGCUGAAGCCCAUCAACAUCACACAGGUCCUGAAGGCUGGAGAUGGGACGGACAUUAACUUCUGGAUCCAAGAUGGAGUGCCUGGAGCCAGUCUGCUUGAUGACCUGUAUAAAUAUUUCUCCUUCCAUCACUCCCAUGGAGACACCAUGACCGUCAUGGAUCCAAAGCAGAUGAAUGUUGCUGCCGCUGUUUGGGCCGUCGUCUCUUACGUCGUUGCAGACUUGGAAGAAAUGCUGCCCAGGUCUUAGCAAGAAAAAGAGAGAGGGCACUUUUGUCCUUUCUGGCCAGGAGUCCUGGGUCUGCAGCUUUAGGAAGCUCCUUUUCACCCGACAACUUUAUUAAUCAUUUACAAAGCACAACAAUUUUUCUUAAUUUCUGACAUUAUCUUUCUUGAUACUUUCCAAAUUCUGUUUUCCUAGUGUAAAAAAUAAUCCCACAUAGAAUCAAAUCAAAUCCCACCCCCAUAUAGAAUCAAAAUAUGGUAGAGAUCCCAGUGGGGGCAUUUCUUUAUACCACUUACUAAAAAUAUUGUUUCUAUUUCAGAAGUAAAUACUGGAUAA